CUGCAGCGGCACUCAGUCAGUCCGAUGUUUUCCCACUUUUGAUAGCAUACGUUGAAUCAGUGUCAGUAAUUGAACACGUUAACACAAGACGACGUGCUACUCUCCAUAUAACAUAACAAUAUUUAAUCUUAAUAAUAAAUAAUGUCAGACGACUAUAAAAAUAAUCCUUCAAUAUCGAAUUUUGUAGAGUAUCUGCAAAUAGCCAGCGUUCAACCAAACAUUAACUAUGACGAUUGUGUUGAUUUUCUCAAAAGGCAAAGUGAUGAUAUUGGUCUCGAAUUCAAGAUAUAUGAACCAGUAGAAAAGAAGCCGAUUGUGGUUCUGACAUGGCCAGGUCAGGAUACGUCACUUCCUGCGAUCUUGUUGAACUCGCAUAUGGAUGUUGUACCUGUAUUUGAAAACAGUUGGACUUACCCACCGUUUAGCGGACACAUUGACAAGGAUGGAAAAAUAUACGCCCGAGGCUCUCAAGAUAUGAAGUGUGUCGGUAUUCAAUAUUUGGAAGCUGUACGUAAAUUGAAAUCGGCGGGAAUCAAACUGAAACGAACUCUGCAUAUUUCUUUUGUUCCGGAUGAAGAAAUUGGAGGACACGAUGGAAUGGAGAAAUUCGUUCUAACAGAUAGUUUUAAGGCACUAAAUAUAGGAUUCGCAUUAGAUGAAGGCAUGGCAAAUCCGGGCGAAGAAUUCAUCAUCUUUAAUGGUGAACGUAAUAUCUGGCAAAUCCAUGUUAUAUGCACGGGUCAACCAGGUCAUGGAUCCCUUUUAUUGCCAAAUAAUUCUGGCGAAAAGCUGAGAUAUAUUAUAAAUAAAUUUAUGGAUAUGAGAGAAGAGCAGAAAACGAUUCUGGAAAGCAAUCCGAAAUUGACUAUUGGAGAUGUUACUACGAUUAAUUUGACGCAAGUUUUCGGUGGAGUGCAGUCCAACGUUGUUCCCGAAAAAUUGACCGCUGUCUUCGAUUGUCGUUUAGCUGUUACUAUUGACCAAGAAGCAUUCGAAAACACUGUACGACAAUGGUGUAAGGAGGCCGGUGAAGGCGUAUCGUACGAGUUCGAGCAAAAAAAUCCGAACGUUGAGUGCACGAAGACGGAUGACAGCAAUCCAUACUGGGUUGCGUUUAAAUCGGCUUGUGAUCAAAUGGAUCUAAAGUUGAACAUUCGAAUUUUCCCUGGUGGUACUGAUAGCAGAUAUGUUCGUCGUGUCGGCAUCCCCGCUAUUGGAUUUUCGCCGAUGAACAACACGGUCAUCCUUUUACACGACCACGACGAAUAUAUUAGCGCGGAUAUAUUCUUAAGAGGGAUAGAUAUCUACGUUAAUCUGAUUACCGCGGUCGCAAACGUUUAGAGCUGUAAUAUAAUAUAUAAUGUUACUAUAUGACCAUUAUUAUUAUUAUUAAGUAAGUAUUCGUUGUUAAUUGAUGUAUAAACCUGUAAUCG